UACCCCUACCAGAUCCCGAGCAACUUUGAGACGUGCAGGACCUAGAAGGGGAGGAAGAGACCAAGUAGGAACAAAUUUUCGAGAAGGGUUAUCAAUAUCACCAGAAGCCAGAGACUUUAUUGCCGACGAUGAUUCAAAUUCUAUAAGUGAGCAAAUAUCCCCGCGAACGAGUCGGCAGCCUUCACCAACCCCCUCAAUUGCUUCAGUAUCAAGUGGUAUUAGGCGACUUGGAUCACUGCAACCAGAUCUUCCACCUCCUGGAAGACUAGCAUCAGUUAGAACAGUUCCUACAGGUCACUACUUUUUACCAACUUCUUCAAGAGUGACACUUCGUGGAACUCAACGAAUGACGUUUGUGCCGUCGGUGCCUGAAGCUCAUAGGCGACCACAACCGUUAGUGCUUUUCCGUGAACAUAGAAAAAAUUGUGAUUUUUAUCAAAUUGGUCAUGGUUAUAAUCCAAUGCAACGUGGAGACGUUUUAGGAAUAAUUACAUAUCAAUAUUUUCUUAUAGGGAUACGUGGUCGAAGUCGUUAUGCACCAGAAUUAGUAGCAUCAGGACCAUUCGCUUAUGGAUCAAAUUCUACAACAGAAUUUGCGGCAGAUUUUGAAACAUUUCGGGAUGACCCAUGGGCACCAGAUAUGCUUACAGUGGAUUUGGAAAAGGAAGACAAUGUAGCAGGAUAUUUAGAAGAAGUCAUCACAAACGACUAUGAAAGACAACGCUACGGAAAAGAGUCAGAGCAAGGUAAGGAUAUUGAUUCUAAUAUGGACAGUGAUAAAAAUGACAAUGAGCCAGAAGGGCAAAUAGGAAAACUUGUUAUUCGCAAGUCCGGUAAAAUGCAGUUGUUACUUGGCAAUUUCAUAUUUGAUGUAAGUGAUCAUAGAGUUCUAAUUUCAUUAAAUUAA